GGCUAACCGCCUACUAUGGGAGGCAGCAGCAAGGAGACUUUCCUGCUCUUCCUCACUAUUUGCUCCAUGGCCAUGUUCUCUCUUGCAUUUUUACAGCUCAGUGAAGAGUAUGGACCCGUGUUCACAGUGCACAUGGGCUCUGACCCAGUGGUGGUGCUGCACGGAUACGACGCGGUGAAAGAAGCCUUGAUCGAUCGUGCGGACGAGUUUGCUGCCAGAGGACGUGAGCCAACUGGAGACAGGGCUAACCAGGGAUUAGGAAUUGUUUUUAGUAACAACGAGCCAUGGUUGCACGUACGGCGGUUUUCUCUCACCGCUCUGCGGAAUUUUGGAAUGGGGAAGAGGAGCAUUGAAGAGAGGAUACAGGAGGAAUCUGACUACUUGCUGGAGGAAAUCCACAAAACAAAGGGAACACCUUUUGACGCAACCUUCAUGCUGAGCUGUGCUGUCUCCAAUGUCAUAUGCUCCAUUGUCUUUGGGAGACGAUAUGAUUAUAAAGACAAGAAGUUCCUGGCUC